GGACGGACCAUCGGAUGAUAGAACUGCUUUUCAAUUGGCAGUUGAAGCAAUUUCGACCGUGAUGCUUGACGCCUCCGCCCGUGUCAACGAUUAGAAAUCCAUGCGUACAUCCAGUCGGUUGCUCUUCUCAAUCUGGAUUACCGCAUUCAGUCCUCAACGUCCCUGUCUCAUUUGCUUGCCCAUUUGCUUGUCUUGAUAUCGCGAAUGACCACUGAUACCUCCCUCCUAAGCAAUUCUUCGUCCGUCGGACGGGCCUCUCAAUCCUCACUUGGGUGUUAUAAGUUGUUCCUUCUUUCCUUCCCUCCCUAUCUCAUGGUCGUGGUUUCCCACUUGGCCCAGACGUGGUUGCCCAAGAAUUUACUGCCUCACCAACCAAACAAGCCCCGUUCCUUCCCUGACAGCUAGAGCCAGCCUCCUUCCCUUUCCCUGGCUCUGGCCAAACUAACAUCCAGCCACUCCCCGAGCCACUUCUUCUAAAAAACUAACAAUAAAAAAAGAUCAGGGUGGGCAACACCCAGAAUCACCAUCAUGUUCAAUCAACAUUCGGGGGAAAUGUUCCAACGGCGGUACAGAACAGAGAAUUCCCAGAUAAGCCAUCUACACAAUGUGGCCCCUGUUACCGAGGCCUCCCAGUUCCCCUCGCCUGCGGAUUCUUCCUCCGAGGACUUGAAUGCUCAAGCCCAGUCGGCGGAUAUGGCAGGAACCUGGGGCGAGCGUGAUGUGGGCGGGCCUGUGUCACGACCAACUGCAAUGGCCGAGUUCGACGAGGUGCGGAAAGAACUGACUAAGCUGAGCUUGCAACGCACUGUAACCCGAGAGUCUAAUGCCAGACCAGGCUCAAAGAGAUGGAGACAGCCUACCAUCACGAGAACCAGGACCAGGGAGUCAACAGCCGACACCGUCACCACCACCGGCACUGAUCACGAGCCCGAUGCAGAUCUCGCCGGAGAGAAAGACCUCGACAUCGGUGAGUUCCUCAAAGACGGCCAUUUCGAGAAGCGAACAGCGGAGGGGGAUGCAGCUAAGAAGGUCGGCGUCAUCUACAAGAACCUGACGGUCAAGGGUGUCGGUGCGAAGCCCACAUUCACCCGCAAUCUUCCUCAGGCAGUUCUCGGCACGUUUGGGCCUGAUCUCUAUCAUCUCAUUUGCCGUUUCUUUCCCCGACUCAAACUCGGGAAAUCCCCUCCUCUACGAAAUCUCAUCCAUGAUUUCACCGGGAACGUCCGUGAUGGUGAGAUGAUGCUAGUCCUUGGCAGACCAGGAUCAGGCUGCUCCACUUUCUUGAAAGUGAUCGCCAACAAGAGAGAAGCAUUUGCUGCCGUAGAAGGCGAUGUGACUUAUGGUGGCAUUCCAGCAGCGGAACAGCUCAAACGCUAUCGAGGUGAAGUCAAUUACAACCCGGAAGACGAUCAGCAUCUUCCAUCCUUGACUGUCUGGCAAACAUUAAGGUUUGCCCUUAUGAACAAAACCAAGAAGCAUGAUGCUGAUACCAUUCCCAUAAUUAUCCAUGCUUUGUUGAAGAUGUUUGGCAUCUCCCACACUGCAAAUACUCUGGUUGGCGAUGAAUAUGUUCGAGGCGUUUCUGGUGGCGAACGCAAGCGUGUUGGUAUCGCCGAGACUCUAGCGACCAAGUCCACCGUUGUCUGUUGGGACAAUUCCACCAGAGGCCUUGAUGCCUCUACCGCUUUAGACUAUGCCAAAUCCUUGCGGCUCAUGACCGACAUCUCCAACAGAACCACCAUUGUUACGCUCUACCAAGCAGGAGAAGAAAUUUAUGAACUCAUGGACACGGUUCUGCUGAUUGAGGGAGGUCGCAUGAUAUAUCAAGGGCCCGCCAAUCUCGCACGGCAGUACUUCAUCGACCUCGGCUUCCAUGCCCCAGACAGGCAGACCACAGCUGACUUCCUGACAUCCAUCGGGGACGUCAACGAACGUCAAUUUCUGCCCGGCAAGCAGGCAUCCACUCCAAAAUCAGCGGAAGAACUCGAGGCAGCUUUCCGCAAGUCUGACAUCUACAAACACACGAUAGCCGAGGUCGAGCGUUACGAACAAGAUUUGCACUUGACUGACUGCCAGAAUACUCGGAGAUUUCAGCAGGCCGUUGAAGAGCAAAAGAGCAACAGCAAGUUCAUCUCCUCACAAUCCAGCCACACGGUAUCUUUCUGGCGUCAAGUCCUCGCCUGUACGCUUCGCGAAUUCUGGCUUUUCUGGGGUGAUAAGACCAGUCUGUACACCAAGUUCUUCAUCAUCAUCUCAAACGGGCUGAUCGUGGGCUCACUCUUCUACGGCACUAGUCUGGGGACCGAGGGCGCUUUCCCUCGAACCGGUGCUCUCUUCUUCCUCGUUCUUUUCCUCGGCUGGUUGCAAUUGACUGAACUUAUGAGGGCGGUUAGCGGCCGAGUGGUCAUAUCCCGACACAAUGACUAUGCAUUCUAUCGCCCCAGUGCGGUGGUUAUCGCCAGAGUGCUUCUCGACCUUCCAUUACUGGCAGUGUCGUCCAUACUCUUCUCCAUCAUCCUAUAUUUCCUUUCUGAACUCGACGUUCAAGCAGGGAAAUUCUUCAUCAAUCUCCUUUUCGUCUACGUCAGUACACUAUCUGUCACGGCCUUGUACCGCAUGUUCGCGGCAUUGAGCCCUACCAUUGACGAUGCAGUCCGCUUUUCCGGCAUUGCUCUGAAUCUCUUGGUCAUAUUUGUUGGGUAUCCCAUCCCCAAACGCACUCUCACGGGCGAGGUGAUCUGGUUUGGUUGGUUAUAUUACAUCAAUCCACUAUCCUACGCCUUUGAAGCGGUCGUGACCAAUGAAUUUUCUGGCAGGACCAUGGAGUGCUCGCCGAUGAAUCUGGUCCCUCAAGGCCCGGGUGUUGAACCCCAAUAUCAAGGCUGCGCGGUGCUAGGUUCAACUCUUGGAAGCCCCUUGAUUGACGGUGACGUAUACUCGAGCUCCAAUUUCGGCUACUCACGGUCUCACCUUUGGCGUAAUUUCGGUGUUAUCAUCGCGUUUACUGUUCUGUACAUACUGAUUACUGCUGUCGCAGCAGAAGUCUUUUCGUUCGCAGGCGAAUCUGGGGGUGCGCUUGUGUUCAAGAAGACGGGAAAGACUCAGCGGAUGGUACAAAACGAGAGGAAGCCGACAGACGAAGAGACAGCAGCAGUCACAUCUCCACCUUCGUCGGCGACGUCUUCGAACGCAUUGGAUGAUGAAAAAGUCACGCCAGGAAGCAAUCUCGUGGAAAGUAAAAGUAUCUUCACAUGGGAGGAUGUGCGAUAUGAAGUUCCGUAUCAAGGGGGAACUAAGAAAUUGCUGAAUGGGGUCAACGGUUACGUGAAGCCAGGGAUGAUGAUCGCACUGAUGGGGGCGAGCGGGGCGGGGAAGACCACGUUGCUCAACACUUUGUCGCAAAGGCAGACGACGGGCACUGUCUCGGGAGACAUGCUAGUGGAUGGCAAGCCGCUCGGAAUCGAGUUUCAAAGAGGGACUGGAUUUUGCGAACAGAUGGAUCUACACGAUGAAACGGCGACGAUUCGAGAAGCUUUGGAGUUCUCGGCAAUUCUGAGACAAGAACGGUCGGUCCCGAAGCAAGAGAAGCUGGACUACGUGAACCAGAUUAUUGAUCUGUUGGAGCUGAAGGAUAUCGAAGACGCAAUUGUUGGCUCACUAGGGGUUGAACAAAGGAAGCGACUCACGAUUGGGGUUGAAUUGGCGGCGAGACCGGAACUGCUCCUGUUCCUAGAUGAACCAACGAGUGGCUUGGAUUCCCAGUCGGCGUUCUCGAUUAUUCGAUUCCUAAAGAAGCUCUCACAGUCUGGACAAGCAAUCAUCUGCACAAUUCAUCAACCUUCAUCGAUGCUGAUCCAGCAGUUUGAUAUGGUUCUGGCCUUGAACCCCGGCGGCAACCCGUUCUAUUUUGGACCGGUGGGUGAUAAUGGUUCUGUGAUUGUCGACUACUUUGCAAAGAGAGGGACGCAGUGUCCGCCACAAAAGAACGUUGCUGAGUUCUUGCUCGAGACUGCGGCCAAGGGUGGAUCCAAGGGAAAAGAUGGCAAGCGUGUUAAUUGGAACAAAGAAUGGCUUGCGUCGGAACAGUAUGCGGAUAUGAUGCAGGAGAUUCAACGCAUUAAAGAAACUCGGGUCGACCGGCCGUCGAAGGAGUUUGGCGCCCAACAUGCAUUCGCUGCACCGGUCGGCCUGCAGACGUUGGAGCUGACGAAGCGGACGUUCCGACAAUACUGGCGAGACCCAUCGUACCUGUAUUCGAAGCUGUUUGUCAGCGUCAUCAUUGGCAUAUUCAACGGUUUUACGUUCUACAACCUCGACAACAGCUUCACAUCUUUGCAGUCGCGGAUGUUCACGCCUUUCUUGGUUGUGCUGAUUCCUCCGACGAUCGUCAACGGGGUGGUGCCCAAGUUCUACCAGAAUCGGUCUCUCUGGGAAUCUCGAGAGCACCCAAGUCGGAUAUAUGGAUGGGUUGCGUUUUGCACAGCGCAGAUUGUGGCGGAAAUUCCGAUGGCGGUGGUGUCGUCGGUCAUCUACUGGCUACUGUGGUACUACCCGACCAACCUACCUCGAGACAGUAGCACGGCAGGAUACAUGUUCCUGAUGACGAUGCUCUUCUAUCUCUUCAUGGCGAGCUGGGGUCAGUGGAUCUGUGCAUUCGCACCGAGUUUCACCAUCAUCAGCAACUGUUUGCCGUUUUUCUUCGUGGUGACGUCUGUGAUCAAUGGGAUCGUGAGGUCAUAUGAGCAGCUGCCGGCUUUCUGGAGAUAUUUUGUGUAUUACCUGAACCCGGUCACGUACUGGAUAGGGGGUUCGCUGGCAGCGACGAUGCACAAGCUUGACAUCGAAUGCAGGACGGAGGAGAUGACGCUUUUUAACGCUCCGGCAGGCGAGUCGUGCGAGGGAUACGCUGGCGACUUUGUUCGGGGGGCGACAGGGUAUGUGGAGGCUCUGACGAAUGGAACGUGCGCCUAUUGUGGUUUUAGGACUGGGGACGAAUAUCUCGCGACACUGAACAUCCAGGCGAGUGAGAAGUGGCGAGACUUUGGGAUCUUUUUGGUGUUUGUCUUUACCAACUGGCUGUUGGUAUACGUGUUUAUCUACACGGUUCGGGUGAGGAAGUGGACAUAUGGGAUGGGACCGCUGUUUGAUGGGCUGGGAAAGGUGGUGCGUAAAAUUCAAAGGAAGUGAAGGAAGGCCAGGGAAGUGACUUGCAAGGAUGGAGUUGCAUAUGGCUCUGGCGUUGGCGAGGAGUGGUUAUGACGAGGGAGUCAGAGGGCCAUGGAUUUGGUUUUCGAUCCUGUGAUACUGUAAAUUGAUGGACCAGGGAAAAGUGAACAUGCCAAGAUAGAAUGAAACGUACAGAUGGAGAUAGGUUAUUGUUGUCUACCUGUGCAUAAGCAGUUUCAAUGACGUCGAAGGGCUUUAUGGAUAGUUUCAUCGUCAGCCAACGUGUACGUACAGGGUUGGAUAUCUGGUGAUUGAACCAUCAGGAUGAGAGACGAGGGCAAGGGUGUGGAUGUGGGUGAAGCGUCGUCAGCGCCAGCGUGGUCCUUAAGCGAACCAGGCAUACGGAGUACACACCAGGUCAAUUGGAUUAUGUAGUAGUGGAGAUGAAUCGGACGAGAAGGUUGACAAGGCGGACGAAGCAGUAUGCUCAUUAUUAUCAGGAUAUACUUA